AUGAAUGCAGAGUGUUGCAUUUUCAAGGAGACCUUCUCAGAUGUGUGUGGACAUGUAACAACUGUCAUAGAACAUCAAUAUUUUUGUACUAAAGAUCAACACGAUCGACUUCCGGAAUUCGAUCCAUAUCCUGAUUCAUCAAAAUUAGAGAAGGGACUUCAGCUCCAUUUCGAUCAUCAUUAUGACGAAUCAUCUCGCUGGGCUGUUGCUGAUAUUGCAGACAAGACAUGGGAUCAUUUGUCGUGGAAGAUGACAAGAGCAAAGAAGAUGCUAGAUUUUUAUGACGCUGAUCAAAACCGCUACCUUUUCUCGGUAAGAGCAAGGGGUUACGGAAAGAAAGAGUCCCUUUUUGAUCCCGAGUACGUGACAUGUCUUACUAAUGACCUAUUCUAUCAUGUCAAACCUGAGAAAAUCCCAAGUGGGGAAAUCUGUUCAAUUUGUAAAGAGGCUCUCGAUUCUCCGGAGAAUCGUGUUGAAGUAGUACACAUUGUGGGCAUGAAUUGUGAAGAGGUGGCGUUGUAUGACAGAUGCUAA